AUGAACUCCAAAAUUGUUCUUUGCUUUUUGGCUAUUGUCGCUGUCUGCGUGGCUCAGAGAAAAGAAGAUAUCUUUGCUCGCGCUGUCGGACCAUGCAUUGCUGAUAAGUGUCAAUCUAAGCAUACUUGCUAUUUUGGCCAAUGUGUCCCAGAAGGAAUCGCUCCAGCUAUGCCAGCUCUUGACAAAAGCGCUGCUAUUGGACCAUGCAUCAACUACCUCUGCCCUGGAAAUUCCUUCUGCCACCAGGGCAUGUGCUACAACAAUAUAUAA